AUGGAGGUGCCGAGCGCUCAAUUCUUUCCGCAUGGAUUCGAAGGGAGGCUGGAGAUGCAAAACUCGUGGGUGCCCGCGGGCGAAGUACCCAUGGCUGACGACUUCUGUCAAUUCAAUCUGGCAUGCAGGCCGUUCAUUGAGCUGAAGAUUGUCUUGUGCAACGAUGUAUACACGGGCAACAGGCAGGCAAUCAGCUACGAGGAGGCAGAACAGGCCGUGUCGUCCUCACUACCGCCAGAAUGCAUGGGAAAGGUGUUGGUGCGAGUUUUCCAGAAAAGGUGUUGGUGCUCCGGUGCUUGUCUGUCGCGAAGAAAGGUCUCAAUGCCUGAUGCGAAGCCCACGCUAGGUGGCCUGUGCACCCGUGUGGACGCUUGCGCUGCACAUGAUAGCACUAGUGCUUAG